UGAUUGGCCAGAUUGGCAUUUAUUUACAAAGUAUUAGGGAUGGUGUCACAGAUUUUUUUGUAUAUUAUUUUACAUUUUCUUAUUAUUUAUUAAAAGUACGCGACUACUAUAAAUUAAUUGUUUAAUUUGUUUUGUUCAAAAAUAUUCAAAUAAUUGUGCCGUUUAUUAUCAGCUGUUUAUUAGUCCAAGAGUGUUUAUUGUUAAUCAUGAAUCUGUCACAAGAUGCCCAAGAUAUCUUAAACAGUAUGAGAGUUAUUAAAGAAAAUUUAGAUGCAUGCAGCAAUAGGUCACCUCGUCUUCCACUAGAUAAAUUGAACAGUAGCAUGGCCGCAGAAUUAAUAGACGUUAGCAAUAUCAAUUUUGAAGAUGACGAAACUUGGUUAUAUGCAUCACCUGUAAGAGAUUCCAAUGUAAAAGACUUAAAAACAUGGUUGUAUCAAGAUACGACGCAUUUAAAAGACUACAAUUUCUACAAUAAUCAUCUGAAUUUAACCCGUGAGUUGGCAGAAUUAGACACCAAGAAAAUGAUAGACUCGCGCACAUUUACCCGACCUAAAAAAAGAUUUGUUCGUCCUAGCAUCGAGACGUACAACGAUGGCUACUUUGGAAUGGCCAAACUUGAGACUGACAGUGUCGUUGAGAAAAGCGAAUCGAACAGAACUUUGCAAUUAGACGAUGCUCAAGAUGUUACUGUUUGUGGCGAGGUUUCGUCAGAGCAAACUCCUUUAAAAUUCGACUUAUCUCAACCUAUAAACACGAAUAUUUUUGAUAAAAUAGUUUUAACAUCGUCCGAUGUUGAUUCUUUCCAAAAUAUGUCGCCUCCUAGUUUGAUAAACUCGAUGUGCUCGUCCACGUUUACGAAUCUCAUGGAGAAUAGCAUGAUAAAGAACGAUCCGCUUUUAAGAGAAAUUAGUGUGGAGGAUUACACGGAGGCGAUGCUGCAAGAUUACGAUCCUCCAGUAUUCAGAUCGAUUACAGAUAGCUGUAGUAGUAUUAACUUAGAUAAUCCCGAUAGUUUUAUAAAGCAACAUUCUGGAGGGACUUUAAACGGCAUUUACAAGAAGAGUGUUGUGGGCAGUAGAGAGUUUUCGCUCAAUGAAACAUUUGCUGCCGGCGAUAAGUCUGAUAAUUCUACACUAGGUGAUACAUACGUAAAGGAAUCGUCCAGUGAUAUUAGCUCAAUUGAUGUGUGUAAUAAUGCUAGCGUUAUACAUAAUUUAAAUGGCACAUAUCGAAAAAGUCCCCAUUCAAAGGCGAACGAAACGUACGAAAAGUUACCCCUAUGUCGAAGCAAUGAUAAUCUAAACUCCACUGUAACGUAUACAAAUGAUUCUAACAGAUUUACGAGCCCUCGGCGAAGAAGUUACAUCAUUGAGAAGCAUAGUGACCUUGUCUCGAGCCAAGGAAUUGAAAAGAAGCGGAAUUCUUUUGGGCAUUCAGUUGGUUCAUCAGACAGUCUUGAUUAUUUAAGCAGUUUAUCGAGUAGUAGUAGAGAUUCAAAUAAAAUGUUGAACAUGGCUGAGGUGGAUGCUAUAGUGCUUCAACAAGAACAGAGUUUGCAUGCAAUGUCAACACCAAAACCCACAAGCAAAAUAAUCAGUAAGCUCUGGGAGCAUGAGCACAGUAUGAUGUCGCCCGUUCCUAGGGACAGACUCAACACGUCCGAUUCCGAACAUUCAUCAUCCAAUGAUGAGUACAAAACAGUCAAAUCAAACAUUUCUGCAUCAGACUCCAGUUCAAGCGUAGACGCUCCACAUCGAAGAUUUGAACUUAAAACUGAACCUCUAAAAAUCGAACCAAAAAGUUUAAAUGGAUUGAAAUCCAUGAACAAAAUUCCCGACACUAAAGGUUCUUAUUCAAACCUCAAGACUGUAGGCACAACGUUGAAGGGUUCCUGUGGAAACCUCAAACCUUUGGGAGUAUCUGCUAAAGGUGCUUCGUACGCUAGCAAUAAAGGAUCAACAACGAAUCUUAAGACCAUGAGUGCUAACCUUAAAGGUUCAUACACGCAACUUAAGCCCGUGUUACUAAAUCUUCCAUGUACAGAUGCAAACAACAUGUAUCAAUCGGAUUCACGAGGAAUGAAAAGGCCAAAUAUUCCUAAUAAUUUGGACGUUAAUACAAAAACUGCCGAGGUGGCGCCCACAUUGCGUGAUCAGGUAAAACCGGCCGCCUUUAGUAGUAGUAACGCUAAACCACAGAUAAAAGCUAGUGGCUUACCCAGACCAAUAUCCAGUAUUCCUCGCCCUUCAGUUUCUAAAAUUCCCGGACCUAAGAGUCGACCACUUACUUCUCGUCCGCUUAGUCGUCCGAUAAGCAGAAAUAAUUUAGACUACGAUUUCUGACCAGCUUUAACAUUUAUUGAAUUAUCAAGUGCCUUAUCCUAUAGUAUUUCGCAUAAUCUGUACUAUCCUAUCGUAUAUAUAUUUUUAACAUAUCAUUGUAAUUUUUGUACCAUAUUUACAUUCUUGUGUAUUACACGUGUAAAGUCUGUAUUUUAUAUGAUACUGUGUGAGAAAUUUGGAAAUGUUUUUUAGAGAAAAGAAAAACCAGAUGCUUAUUGAAAUAUUUAAUAUAUUGCUAGUAAACCCAA